CUGGCUACUCCACCACCUGUCGUACAACCCGCCACCCGCUACACCUGCCUUGCCACAGUCCUCUGUCGCUGCUGCAACCUCCGCCCCAUCGUGGUCAGCCUGUUAUGUUGAAGUCAAGAUGUUGGUGACCCCUGACCCCCCGGAUGUUGACCUUACAAGUCUUCACUGGCUCCACAAUAUCAACAUCCUGAGUGUGACCUCCCCACCCACGCCGCCCUCCUCCCCACGCCCUCUCAAGCCCAAGAAACCGCCCACAUUACGUCUUCAGCUCAAUGCAGUAAGUGCUGAGGACUACCGCACCUGUGGUGACCACAAGCCUCCCUUCUCGUACGCGACACUCAUCUGUAUGGCGAUGAGAGCCAACAAUAACAAGAUGACACUGUCAGCAAUCUACGCGUGGAUACGUGACAACUUCAUGUACUACCGCAAUGCUGAUCCUACCUGGCAGAACUCAAUCAGACACAAUUUAUCGUUGAACAAGUGCUUCGUGAAGGUGCCCAGAUCCAAGGAUGAGCCGGGGAAAGGUGGGUUCUGGAAGCUGGAUUUGGAGAGAUUAGAAGAAGGGCAACGUAACAAAAGACGACUGGGAAGUUCCGGGCUAACGAAUCGUAGAAGGAAUCGGACACGCCGUAAAAUCCCUGUAGAGACGAGCUCCCCACCUCCUCCAUCCACAGACCUGACCCCUCCUCCUUCCUUGGAGACUCCACUCCCCACUAUCCUCGCCGGGGACUCUGCUAUUGAGGAAGAACUGGCCAAUCUUCUGCUGGGCAAUGUCGGCUGGGACGACUCUCAACUUGAGUUGCUCCACUCACUGCUCGACUCAUUGUAAAAGCUUGUCUUGUCCUGAGUCUUUGAUUUGUCUUGUCCCCAACAUCAAUGUCAAAGUAUGUUGGGUGAUGUGAAUCUCCCCUAUGAAAUUCAAAUUUUAAACUGACCAGAUACGAUAUUUCUCCAAAAGUACCUUAGUUUAUUAUAGUAAUAUUUUAUAAAUAAUCACUUCAAGUAAGACCCUCUUUAUAGGUGUUAGGUUUCUUUAUUAUUAUAUAAGGAUAUUGCAUAUUAUAUAUCCUUAAUAAACCAAUGCUGUCAUUAUUACAUGAAAUAUGUAAAUUACUACUAUGGACUUCUUCCAUUACAUAGUAAAUUAAAAAUAUUGAAAUUUAUAAAUAUUGAUAAAAGUACCAACAUCAAUGCUUAAAAAUUGAAUGGAUGUCCCAUAAACCACAUUGGGACGUAUACAGCAUUAAAAUAUAUUAUUUGUAUCCGUUAUAGUCUAUAUUAUUUGGCAGUAUUGUUAUAAAAAAUUAACCUUUAAAGAAGUUUACAUGUGGGAUUAAUUAGAGAAAUAACUUGACUGGACAAACCAAAACGACUAACAAUUUCCAAGGGUCAUAUUAUUUACUAAACAAAUGCAAUACAGGAUAUGAUCCUAUAUCGGUUGUGACUGUUGUCUUUAUAGUGUCUUCGUAGUAGCAUCACUGUUGUUUGUUAUCACCUAGGCUAGGUUGGGUUGGUAUCACUGUCUGUCCACAUCGAUCAGAUGUGCAACAUUUAAUAUCAUAUCAGUUGUUUCAAUUAUGAAAGCCUUUUUACCUGUGUUUGUAUAUUGUGUACAUACAAUAAUGUAAGAAAUAUUCUUAAGGGUUUCUUCUGCAUUUGAGUCUACUUAGUGGAUUUUUAUACAGUUAAAUUUUAUUGAUUACAAAACAAGAUAUUAACGCAUGCAGUGCCUUUAGAAGUGGAGUUUAAUGUAUUUCCAGAAACUGAUUACAGUCACUUCUUGGUAAUUCCAAUCCCGUUCAUUUCAAAUCCUCAAUAAGUUGAAGGUUUCUAACAUUCACCUCCAAAUUUGGUAUAAACUAGAAGGCUAUGCAAAAAAUUGAAACGAGCACAAAACACUUUCUUGUGAAAAAUUGAAGAAGCUCUAAAGCCGAGUGGUGAAGAAAAAUAGAGUUGAUUGUGCAAUGGAUUUCGGUUAUAUCCACUAAUUAUUUAACAAUUUGUAGAUAAAAAUAAAAGUAUUAAAGUCUUUCUAGAGGUUGUCUGUUAAGUCCUAUCUUCACCUUUAUAAAUAGACAUUUUUAAUUUUUUAUGAGAUAAAACAUUUUCAUGAAAUAGAAGGUUAAUCCAAGAUAAUCAAAUCUUUAUUUGUUUGAUCUUUAUUUAUUAUGUUACUGUAUGUAAUUUAAUGUUUGUAUGCUUUAGUAAUGUAUUUGACAUAUAUUUCAAUUUUUUUUUUAAUAUACCGUAUCUGAUCAUAAAGAAUAUGAAAUAUCCAAGCAUGUAGCCAUAACGAACUUCAUUAAUUUCAUUUUAGAUAAAUAAUGCAAUUUAUGAAUGAAAACAAUUAAAGCUAUGACUAUUCAUAUAAAUCUUGCAAUUAUUGAACAGUACAUUUUCUAUCUGGGUCACACAUACCACAAGUCUGUUACCUACACAGAAACUUCCUAAUUUAAACAUCAGUUGAAUCCCUCAACAAGCCGAAUCUUGUCAUUCCCCACAAGCAGUCUUGUACUUAUCAAGCAGUGACUGUACAAAGGAAAUAAAACUUGCAUACUAAUGAACCUAAUAUUUAAACUUAAUUAUUAGAUAUAUGAAGUUUACGAGAUGAGAAGAUGAUAAUAUUAUAAGUCAAUUGUACAAGUGCUUUAUGUUUAAUAUGUAGAAAGCAAUAAUAGUUUUUACACUGGAACGCUUCAAUAUAUUAUAUUAUUGCUUUAUACUUGGAAAAGUAGAUGUAUAUUUCUGAAAUUUUCUGGAAAUAUCUCCUAAGUUAUAACCUAUCAUUUACAACUAAAUCACAUUCUUCGUGAGCAUUAUUUAAUAACCUGUUUUGUUUUUGAAGGUUUCAUAGUCAAGGCUUUAUACACCUUUUUUGUUAGAAAAAAUAAAAUACCAACUUAUUGAUAUGAUCCUUCCCAAUUACACAUUACUUGCUUUUGGUAUGAGCUACAGUAUCUUUUGGUUUUAAUGAUAGCAUUAUAUUAAGGUGUGUAUCAUAAUAAGGAAAUUUCUAAUUGAAAUUGAGAACAAUGAUAUUUUUGUUUAGUUAAAUUCAAAUCUUUUGUGAGUUAAACAUCAUUUUAUUUUCACCUGAAAUAUAUUUUAAAUACACUUAAAAUAACUUUUCUAUUUGUUAGGUAUUUAAUAUGAAUUAGAAUACAUAUUCUAAUGUCAAACCUAUUUUAGUACUGAAGAAAUAAGUAUUUCAACAAAAUUUAGAAAAUUAAAAUAGUUUAUUAUCUGUACUAUGGUAUACUAUAUAAAAAUAAAGUUUUGGAAAAAUCAUUUCAGGAGUUCUGCAUCUAUAAGAAAAGUUAAAGAAUUAUUACACUUUAAGAAAGUGGUGGAAUUACAAACAUGAUCAAUGCAAAUUUCUUUCCAAAAGGUAUAUACAGCACACCCCUGUCCAAAUUAAUGGAAUCAAAACAAUUUUUGAAGAAGAACGUUUUAUUUAUAUACUGGUUACUAAAUUAAAUUUACUAUUUAGUGUGGCCAUACCUACUGCCUAUAAUCAUUUACCAUUUUCACCCAUCUAGACAUUGGAUCUACUAAUGCCUAGAAUUGAAUCAUCCCAGAACCAGAUUUUCAAAAGUGUAGAAAUUAUCCUGUCUUUUGUUGUGCAACCCAUCCUCCUGAGUCUUUCUUUGCAAUCAGCCCAGAGAUUUUCAAUGGUAUUUAAGUCAAUGAAACAGGGUGCUAAAUCCUGUUGGAGAAUGCCCAAACUAUCUGUGCACACAUUCAGAAGCAACGCAACGGAAUGACUGGAACACACUACUUCAAUGUAUUUAUCUCCAUUUAUUAACACAAGUGUCUCAGGUCUAACAACGCCGGAAAAUUUUCUUUUGUGUGUGUUUCACAAGUUGAGCAAUGCUUAUAAGAGAUCCUCUCAUCAGCACUCCAGCACAUGUGCUGCACUCUCACUACUCGCACAAAAAUAUGUCUUACAUGUGAAACAAAACUCUUUAGUCCAAUGUUUGUAUUUUCUUGCUCAGUUCAGGCAUCUUUUCUUUAGGACUUCAGUCAACAAUUGUUUUCACUCAGUAUUAUGAUAGCCUGCUUCUUUCUUGAUGUGAUACCCAUGGCUAACACAAAGAUAAAAAUCUGAUCAGAAUGUAGCAGAGCAAGCAAAACGCAGAAAACCAAUGCCAUUUUCUGACAAAAAAAUAACAGCUGUUGAGUUUAAUAAUUUAUAACAGCUGAUAGAAGAAAUGCAACAGUGCUGCUAACCAAAAGAAUCACAAAAAUAAAAAUGAUUCCGCUUGAUUCCAUUAAUUUGCAGAAGAUUGUACAUUAUUUUAUGACAAUUUGUCUUGAACUCUCUUCCUCCAACCUCACUACUGACUAAAAAGAAAAGUAAAUACUACAAAAAUUUGUAUAGUUCUUAAAAUAUUAAUAUUUUUUAGAUGUUUACUUAAAAUAAAGCAAUAUAUAGUAGAUGCAUAGUCAUAGUAAAUAGAUAUUAACAGUAUAAUUUAUCAAUUUAAUUUCCUUUCAAUGUGUAUUCAGUAAUAGACUGCUCCAGCAGUUUGUAGUAACUCAAGGAAAACAUUGGCUCUACCAGGGUUAAAACAAACCAGAUGUAUUUGAUAAUAUACUAUUUUGUUACAUGCUAAUACUUUUAUAAUAGUGGUAUUUUUAUUUAGUUAUUAUUGCAGUUUUAAAAGUAAUUACAGUGUUAAAUUUAAUAUUUUAGACUUAGUUUAAAGUAUUCACAAAAUUGUAUCCACUUCUUUUGUUGUACGUGUAAACCUCUGUGACAUUAAAUCUUCACUAAAUGAUUUCUUCUCCCAUUGAUGUUGAUCACUGUAAUAAAACUAACAGAAUGAAAUCAAAGCUCCGUCCAAAGACGUUUCUUCCGUCCAAUGUCUAGUCUUAUCUUAUAAGUAUGUCUUAUCUAGAGUGUGUUAUGUGUUAGGUUAGUACAUGUCGGGUUGUAUGUGGAUGUUUUGGUUUGAGGUUUUAUACACUCAGGAAUCCGACUCCUUUUCAGAAUGUGACCCCUGAAAAUUUUCUAACUUAUGUUCUUUUUUCUUUGUGAUGGCAUUUCUGAAAUUGACCCUGGUUAAACCAGAACAGUCCAGAAAACCAUAAAUUUAAGCUUAAGAUUAUUACUAAUUAAAACAACAAAUUCUAUGGUUGUGAAUGACCUAAUUUUAAUAAAUAAGAAAAGUAAUAUCGAUUUACCAUUAAUUUAUAUUUAUGUAUAUAUUAUUUCCAAAGUUAUGUGAAGAUAACAUACUAAGUAAAGUUUAAUGUAAGAUAUGAUAAGAUAGAUUGAAUGCUUAAAGUAAUAUUUUAAAAUGCACAAUUUAGCUUUAUUUAUAGCUCGAAUCUUUUUUUUAUAAUACUUUAAGUAAUUUUAUAAAUCAGCCGUCCAUGAGACAAUAUUCAGCUUUUGAAGCGGUAACAUUGGCAAUACAUUUUACCAUAAUAAGAAUAUGUAUUUAGUAUCAAUUGGGAAUAAAAAGUUGUGAUGUAUCCAUUUA